CUCACCAUGAUCUGGUGCACCGUCUUCGUCUUCACUUUAACACUACUCCUAAGAGUAGGUUUUGGCUCAAGGGGAAUAGUCUCAGGCUCCGUUGCUGCAAGCUUCCAGAGUACGAGAUAUGGAGCCUUUACUCCAAGGGGUGGAAUGUUCGCCCGCUUGACAGGCUUAGGCAUGGUCCGAUCUUCCAGAAUAGCCGUUGCGAUUGCGGCAGGUCUCUUCGCAUCAGUAGUCACUGUUCUGGUGUGGCUGGAAAGAUAUCGAGCAGUCUGA